AUGGGCCCAGAGUUACUGGACGCUGUAUCCCAUUCAUUAGCGACUAACAUAACACGAGGGAAAGGUCCAGGCAUACCGUUCAAUAAGGUGGACUCCCGACGCAGUCUCCACGAUCCCGCUAACCUGGCCCGGCUGCAGCGCAAAAGCGGCAUUUUCAAACUCCUUCUGCAUCUCGCCACGGCCAAAAAAGCCGCUUCCAAGUAG